CUUGUUUGGCAUUCCACCCUUUUCAGAACUAGAAAUUAUGCUUUUAGAGGCCCAAAAUGGAAAUAUUGUUUGAAUAAAGUUUUUCACGUCAUAUUGACACGAAUAUUAUGUGUUUGAGAAGAAGCCAAAAGAAAACCCUAUUUAGAAGGAAAAAAACAAAGAAAAUACUCCCACAUCACGUAAUUUGACGAAUUAUGCUAUUGAAUGGGUAUGGGAAUGCAAGAGUCAAGAAAGAAGAAAAAAGGAAAAUAAAAAAAGCAUCGUUGAAUUCAACAAAAUGAAAUUCAUCAGGAAGAAGAAAGGAUGGUACCUUGCAUUGAGUUAAAAAGAUAAAUUCCCUGCAAGUGAAAGCUGGGGGUCAAAGUCUAUUUCUAGUCUUUAUGUUCCCAUCAUUAACGUUUCAAGUUUUCGUGCUUUAUGGUUUUUCUUGGACUUUUCGAGUUAACAAUAAACAAUAAAUACCUGGACCCUUUGAGUCAACCAUAAAUAUUAGUACAAAUUGCACCUCAAAAUCUGAAUUGUGAAGGAGCACAGCGUUAGAGCUGACGGAUGCCAUAUAGAGAUUAGAGUAGUGAACAAUUGCUGGAGGAGCUGUUACCAGGUGCAUCUCCUAUCUCUGCAAUGGCUUUGUCAUGUUGGUGCUGUAGGGGGCCUCGAAUACUGUCUUUUGCAGAAGGAGAUCCUAAAGUUCAUCCAGAUCCUGAUUCUGAUGUGAGCCAACUUAGAAGAUUUUCACUGGAAGAGUUGCAAAUUGCAACAGAUUAUUUCAGCAAUGAAAACUUUCUUGGUAGAGGUGGAUUUGGUAAGGUAUACAGAGGGCAAUUAGAGGAUGGUUUGUUGAUUGCUGUAAAAAGACUGGAAAGGGAGCCUACACCUGGUGGUGAACUUCAGUUUCAGACAACAACCGAGAUUAUUAACAUGGCUAUGCAUCGAAAUGUCAUUAGACUAUGUGGAUUUUGUAUGACACAUUCUGAAAGGCUACUUGUUUACCCCUACAUGGCUAAUGGGAGCGUUGCCUCGCACUUAAGAGAGCGAGCUCCAUCACAACCCGCACUUAAUUGGCCUACCAGAAAGCGAAUUGCAUUGGGAUCUGCAAGGGGUCUUUCUUAUUUGCAUGAUGAAUGUAAUCCAAGGAUCAUACACCGUGAUGUGAAAGCUGCAAAUAUAUUGUUGGAUGAGGAGUUUGAAGCUGUUCUUGGGGACUUUGGGCUGGCUAAAUUAAUUGACUACAAUGAUACCCAUAUCACCACUGAUGUAUGUGGUACGGUAGGGCAUAUAGCUCCAGAAUACCUCUAUACUGGGAUAUGUUCAGAGAAAACUGAUGUUUUCGGAUAUGGCAUUAUGCUUCUGGAGCUAAUUACUGGACAGAGAGCUUUCGAGCUUGCUUGGAUUGCAGCUGGAGAUGAUCUUUUGCUGCUUGAUUGGGUAAAAGUCCUUCUAAAACAGAACAAGUUAGAAGAGCUGGUUGAUCCUGAUCUCCAGGGAGAUUAUUCACAAACUGAGAUGGAGCAGUUAAUCAAAGUUGCACUGCUAUGCACACAAGGCUCCCCAUUGUACAGGCCAAAGAUGUCAGAAGUAACGAGAAUGCUUGAAGGGUACGGCUUGACUGAGAGGUGGAAUGAAUGGCAGGAAACGGAGAGUUCUGAUAUGGAGUUGGGACUUUCCUUUCAACCUGUUUCUGAUUACAUUGUUGACUCAACAGAGCUUCUAGCUGCAAUUGAAUUAUCUGGUCCUAGAUAACGAUCAUUCCAGAGAUCAGGAUUGAUCUGGGUCACCUUCAUGUUCGAUCAAACAAAGCUACAUUAUAAGCUUUUUGAAUAAUGGCAUGCCUGGGAAACUAAAGCAUGAUUGUUCUUUUGAAUAAGUUUGCUUGGAUAAUGGUAAUGUAUGUGAAAUAAUCCAUGUAAUCAGGGAAAUUAAGAAAAAGAAAAAAAGGCAAAUUA